GUUGCAGUCAGUUCUAGACGCUACCAUCACCGUCCUCUCGCUCAGCUCUGGAAAGUUCGCUGAGUCGCGUCAGUUUCCAGCGGCGGGCCGAACGUUAUAUAAACGCCUCGCACAGCUCGUCUGCGGACUCAAAAACUACAUUUAACAAGCACGAACCGUCAAAUGCAAGCUGUGGAUCACAAAAUCCAUUCCUAAUAGCGAUAUUAAUCCCAUUUAGCCCUGCAGACGUCGAGUCUCCAGUGAUUUCUGUAAAGGAAAUAUCUCGGAGAGACACUCUGUGAGGAGAGUGGAUCUAUUUUUCUGGGCUGUUUCGAAGGAAAUAUUUAUAUUAAAUCAAAAAUGACUGCAGAAGAGGUGGUGAAUGAAGGCUGUAGCAUCCCCAUCGAGGGUGAAGACAUCACCCCGAAGAAAGAUGGAGGUGUUUUAAAGAUGGUCAAGAAGGAGGGUACAGGCACUGAGUUGCCUAUGACCGGUGAUAAAGUAUUCGUACACUAUGAUGGAACGCUGUUUGAUGGCACGCAGUUUGACUCCAGCCGUGAUCGAGGAGAGAAGUUCUCCUUUGAGCUGGGCAAAGGUCAGGUGAUCAAAGCAUGGGACAUCGGUGUGGCCACGAUGAAGAUUGGCGAGAUCUGCCAAUUGAUUUGCAAACCUGAGUAUGCCUAUGGAGCUGCUGGCAGCCCACCCAAAAUCCCACCCAACGCUACACUUGUGUUCCAGGUGGAGUUGUUUGAGUUUCAUGGGGAGGACAUCACAGAUGAAGAAGAUGGUGGAAUUAUUCGCAGGAUCAUCACUAAGGGGGAGGGUUACACAAAGCCUAAUGAUAGUGCAUCUGUGGAAGUGUGGUUGGAGGGCCGUCACGAGGAGCGUGUUUUCGAUGAGCGUGAGCUGAAGUUUGAGGUGGGAGAUGGACCGAGUUUGGCUCUGCCUCCAGGCGUGGAGAAAGCCCUGCAGGCUAUGGAGCAGGGGGAAGAGGCGCUCUUCACCAUCAAACCAAAGUAUGGCUUUGGAACUGAUGGCAGCGACAAAUUCAACAUUCCACCUAAUGCUACGUUGCAGUAUAAAAUCAAACUGAAAACAUUUGAGAAGGCCAAAGAAUCCUGGGAGAUGAACACGACUGAGAAACUAGAACAGAGUGCCAUCGUCAAAGAGAAAGGAACUCAGUAUUUUAAGGAGGGGAAAUACAAGCAGGCAGUUAUACAGUACAAACGCAUUGUGUCCUGGUUGGAGCAUGAGUCCAACUUGCAGCCGGAGGAUGAAGAGAAAGCCAAAGCGUUGCGAUUGGCUGCUCAUCUCAACCUAGCUAUGUGCUGCCUAAAGCUGCAGGAACCAAACCCUGCCCUCGAGAACUGUGACAAGGCACUGGAGCUGGACGCAAAUAACGAGAAGGCUUUGUUUAGGCGAGGAGAGGCACUGGUUGUCAUGAAGGAGUUUGACAGGGCGAGAGCAGACUUCCAGCGCGUCACUCAAUUGUAUCCAGCCAAUAAGGCUGCGAAGAGCCAGAUCGCGCUCUGCCAGAAACAUAUCAAAGAGCAACACGAGAAGGACAAACGCCUCUACGCCAACAUGUUCCAGAAGUUUGCAGAGAGAGACGCCAAAAAGGAGGCGGAGCAAGAAAAGGAGCAGGAAAAGAAACAGAACGGUAGUGCAAUGGAAUUAGAUGAAAACGGAGCCCAGGAACAAACCGCAGCAUAAUAGCAUGCUUGUGUGCGCGUUUGUAUUAUUUACUGUCUUUUGUGUUAUGUUUUUUUUUUUUUGUACCUUCUAUAAUAUCUGUCCCACUGAAGCGACUGUGUCUGUGCGAGUGAGGACGCGUACUUACUUUGGUUUCUAAUCUAAUAUAGCAAGUGGUUUGCUUUUGUACUGUGGCCAGACCCUUGUGGCCUGGUGUGCACUCGCAUAUGAUUGCACAAGUGUAUGAAUGUUUGUGUGUGCGAUACUGUAAGGCAGCUAGUCGGCCUGGCCGUGUUCUCUCUGAGAGAUGGUGGAAAUAAAGCAGACUUGUUCUCAGUCUGUAGCCUGUACUGCAGCCUCUCGCGUCGGCCGCAAAACCAAAACCAUCCUUAGAAACUCUUGAGUCGCACUGCUGUACAAUAAAGCGCUUAUCUGUCCUGUCACUAAACUUUACGUAAAGUGCAUGGAAAUGAUUGCCAGGGCAAAAAGACUGUUUUGAUUUCUUUGAUUUGUAAUCAUUUGAUUUGUUUAUUUCCUUUAAUAAGAACAUCUUUUCACUGUUAAAUUCUCUAUGUCUAAUGUAUCACAACUGGAAGCAUUUCCAUAGUGAAUCUCUGCUGAAGUCUUACAAGCAUUUUAGAGGAGAAACCACGCACUUUUGGUGUGAAGAAUCGUCUCGUUUCUGCUUCACUCGUUUUCUGUGCGCAGCCUUUUUGGUGAGCUCGUUCUACCGCAGAUUAUCAUCAAUAUAGGGCUGAGAUGUUGGCCAUUUUAAAAUGCAAGGCGAGAACUUGAACUUAGACCUACAGUCUGUCUUUUUGUUUUGCGGUUUUGUCGCUUGUAUUUUCAUCUUUUUGUGGACAAGAUUCCCCAUGAUUUCUCCAUGAUCGCACGUGCACACUGUAAUCAGAUGGUGAAUUGUCACGACAGAAGAGGCUCUGUGACCGAGCUCAAGCAGGACAGUAGUACUGUAGUGUGGUUUGUGUGGGUUAAAGCGAGACAUGCAGAUAGAUUCUGUUCCCAUGUCCUCGAUGCGCCUCUGAUGUUGACUAGAACAAUAAAACAAAUUCA